AUGACUCAAUUGCAGCUGGGAAGCGAAACCAGUUCAGGAUCGAUAAGCUUAUCGAGGACCAUGGACUCCAGGGCCAAUGAGGGUGAAAAUGUUGACAGUGACAUGGUUAAACCCAGCAAUGGCGACAUCAACCCUCACAAUGGGAAUGCGAUGGGAGGCAGGAUCCACAUCCGUGUUCCCGGGGGUAUCGAGCGAUGGAAGGAUUUAAUGAGCCAGGUUACCGAGCGCUGCGACGUGAGUGGUCUAACAACCAAUCCCACGAAAUAUCAGCUUGCAUCGACGGGAUUCGGUGACGCGAGCACUGUCUACCGGCAGCGCUUCAUGACGGUGCCUAGUGAGGUACACUCCGCGUUGCAAGAGCUUUGUGUUGAACGCCGUGUCAGCGUAAGAUCCGUUAUUCUUUUCGCCAUACACCAGAUGUUAAAAGGGUUUGGUAAUGGAUCACAAACUAUUACCGCCUCUCUACACCUUGAGGAGAAUCCCCAAGAUUCUCAGCUAUCAUGGGCGGUGUCACCUACAUUUGUCAGCCAUGAGAACAGAGAGGAAUGCUCCGUGGCGCAAGCCGUUGAGGGUAUUGAAGCGGUGCGCAGUUCGAAGAACCCGUUCACACACACAAUCGACAAAGCGUCAGAUCUCGUGGACUUGGGGUUGUUUGACUUACUCGUCAUCUUUGCCGACGCAGACGGUGCUCCUCUUCCAUUAUUUGAUUUCCCCUUAGCGGUGAUGGUGGAUGAGGGUGAAACAGGACUCCAGCUGACUCUGCGCUUCUCCGACUGUCUUUUCGAUGAGGAGACAAUAUGUAAUUUCACAGAUGCCCUUAACAUCUUGCUCGCUAAAGCAGCGACAGGAGGAGCGACACUAGUUAGUGAUAUCGAACUACUGUCAUUAGAGCAACAGCAGCAGCUGGAGGAAUGGAACAACACGGACGGCGAAUACCCAGCAUCCAAGCGGCUGCAUCAUCUAAUUGAAGAGGGGGCUCAGCGCCACGAAGACAAGGUGGCCGUGGUUUGCGAGGAGCGAAAGAUCACCUACGGCGAGCUUAACACCCAGGCAAACCGUCUCGCACGCUAUCUUCACUCAACAGGCAUCCAGCCAGAGCAGAUUGUCGCAUUGUUCCUCGAUAAGAGCGAAAAGCUUAUUGUUACCAUUCUGGGUGUCUGGAAGUCUGGCGCAGCCUACGUGCCCAUUGACCCGACGUAUCCAGAUGAGAGAGUUCGAUUUGUGCUGGAUGACACCGAGGCACAGGUCAUCAUCACCAGUAAUCGACAUGCCGAGAGGCUUGAGCGACAGAUCGUCGGCGACAGAAAACUUCGCAUUAUUCCUCUGGAGCCAUUGCUCGAAUCACUUGGUCAGGAUACCUCGAGCAUUCCAACGCACAACUUGGAUGAGCUAUGUCUCACGAGCAGGCAACUAGCCUACGUGACUUAUACCUCUGGAACCACGGGGUUCCCAAAAGGUAUCUUCAAACAACACACGAACGUGGUCAACAGUAUCACCGACCUGUCCGCCCGUUAUGGGGUGACCGGGCAACACCACGAAGCAAUUCUGCUGUUCUCAGCCUACGUGUUCGAGCCAUUCGUUCGCCAAAUGCUCAUGGCGUUAGUAAACGGCCAUCUCCUCGCCAUUAUCAAUGAUGCGGAAAAAUAUGACGCGGACAAAAUCCUUCCCUUCAUUCGCAGACACAACAUUACCUACCUCAAUGGUACUGCCUCUGUUCUACAAGAAUACGACUUCACUGACUGCCCGUCCCUGAAGCGAAUGAUUCUGGUGGGUGAAAACUUAACAGAAGCACGGUAUCUGGCUCUGCGCAAGCGAUUCAAGAACCGCAUUCUGAAUGAGUAUGGAUUCACCGAAUCAGCCUUCGUAACAGCCCUCAAGGUCUUUGAGCCCCAGUCAACUCGCAAAGACACGAGUUUGGGAAGACCUGUGCGCAACGUCAAGUGCUACAUCCUUAAUCCUGCUCUCAAGCGUGUUCCCAUUGGGGCCACAGGCGAGUUGCACAUCGGAGGGCUGGGUAUUUCAAAAGGAUACCUCAACCGUCCUGAUCUCACACCGACGCGGUUCAUCCCCAAUCCCUUCCAGACGAAGCACGAGAAGCAGCUCGGAGUCAACAGCCUAAUGUAUAAGACUGGAGACCUGGCCCGCUGGCUUCCGAACGGCGAGGUUGAAUAUCUGGGACGCGCAGAUUUCCAGAUCAAGUUGCGUGGCAUCCGAAUUGAGCCCGGUGAGAUUGAGGCGACGUUGGCUCAGUACCCUGGCGUCCGGACAAGUUUGGUAGUGUCCAAGAAGCUCCAGAAAGGCAAUGAGGAAACCACGAACGAGCACCUCGUGGGUUACUAUGUCUGUGACAACGCCUCGGUAUCCGAGACGGACUUGCUGUCUUUCUUGGAAAAGAAACUACCUCGAUACAUGAUCCCGACGCGGCUGGUACAGCUGUCGCAGAUCCCAGUGAACGUGAAUGGAAAGGCGGACCUGCGAGCCCUGCCAGCAGUCGAUAUUUCCAAAUCCUCCGAGAUUCGUUCUGAUCUCCAAGGCGACAUGGAAUCUGCCCUUGGAGAAAUCUGGGUCGACGUAUUGGAAGCCCGCCCCGGAUCGAUCUCUCGCAGCGACAACUUCUUCCGUCUCGGAGGGCACAGCAUUACCUGCAUCCAACUCAUUGCACGCAUCCGAGAGCGGCUCUCGAUAAUUAUCUCUGUAGAGGAUGUCUUCGCAACAAGGACACUGGAGUGCAUGGCAGACUUUUUGCAGAGCAAACAACAGGAAGCAUCUGAUGGGCGCUGUGGGAGCGAGUCUGCAGCGCAGUCAACGGCACUGGAGGGAGAUGCAGCCACCAAUAAUGUUUAUAGGGCAAACAGUCUUCAGCAGGGAUUUGUAUAUCAUUAUCUUAAAAAUACGGAACAGUCCGAUGCAUAUAUAAUGCAGUCUGUCCUGCGAUAUAAUAUCAAGUUGUCGCCAGACCUGUUCCAGAGAGCCUGGAAGCACACUCAACAGGCCUAUCCGGCAUUGAGGCUUCGUUUCAAGUGGGCAAAGGAAGUUUCACAAGUGAUAGAUCAGAAUCAGCUGUUGGACUGGCGUUUCUUCUACUUUGACGAUGUGCCUACGGGUGCUGUUGAGGAUCAGAAAUUGGUCGACUUGCAGCGCCAGGACCGCGAGGAGUCAUACAAACUGGAUGCCGGUAGGCUAUUCCGCAUCUAUCUGAUACAACACAGCGAGAAUCGUUUCACAUGUCUCUUUAGCUGUCACCAUGCGAUCCUUGAUGGUUGGAGUCUGCCGCUUCUGUUCGAGAAGGUCCAUGAAACUUACUUGCAACUGCUUCAUGGGUACAAUCUUGGCCCGCUCGCGGAUGACCCUUACGCUCGCACUCAAAGGUAUCUCCAAGCGCACCGUGAGGACCAUCUCGAUUAUUGGGCCGGGGUGGUUGAGCAGAUCGCCGAGCGGUGCGAUAUGAAUGCCUUGUUGAAUGAGCGUAGUCGUUACAAAGUCCAACUGGCGGACUAUGACCAGGUACAGGACCAGAAACAGCUGACAGUGGCAAUCGCUGGAGAUGAAUGGCUAGGGCAGCUCCGUCAGACCUGCUCCACCCAAGGCAUUACCUUACAUUCGAUCCUCCAGUUUGUUUGGCACGCAGUGCUUCAUGCUUAUGGAGGCGGCAGCCAUACCAUCACUGGCACAACCAUCUCCGGAAGAAAUCUGCCCAUUAGCGGGAUUGAACGAUCCGUUGGGCUUUAUAUUAAUACGCUGCCACUGGUAAUCGAUCAUUCAGCAUACAAAGACAAGACUAUCAUGGAGGCCAUCGAGGAUGUGCAGGCUAAAGUAAACGCGAUGAACAGCCGCGGAAAUGCGGAACUGGGCAAUCUUCGCAAAAACGACUUGAAGCAUGGAUUAUUCGACUCAUUAUUCGUGCUGGAGAACUACCCGAACCUGGACAAGUCACGGGUUCUACAGCACCAAAGCCAACUGCGAUAUUCAAUCCAGGGAGGUACUGAGAAGUUGGACUACCCGCUGGCUGUCAUCGCGCGAGAAGUGGAGGCAACUGGCGGAAUCACUCUCUCUAUCUGCUACGCCAGUGAGUUGUUUGAGGAGGUGACCAUUUCCGAGCUACUUCGUAUGAUCCAGGACACUUUGAUGCGGGUUGCGCGAGGCUUGAAUGAACCUGUACGCAGCCUAGAGUACCUCUCAUCUGCCCAACUGGAGCAUCUCGCCACGUGGAAUGCUACGGAAGCGGAGUUUCCCAACACCACGCUGCAUGAAAUGUUCGAGAUGGAAGCGAACCAGAAGCCCGAGAAAACAGCGGUCAUCUAUGAGGAGCAGGCCUUAACCUAUCGCGAGUUGAAUGAGCGGGCGAACCGCAUGGCACAUCAACUAAGAUCUGACGUCAGUCCGAAGCCCAACGAAGUCAUCGCCCUCAUAAUGGACAAGAGCGAGCAUAUGUUCGUCAGCAUCUUGGCUGUGUGGAAGAGUGGAGGUGCAUAUGUUCCCAUUGACCCUGGAUAUCCUGACGACCGUAUCCAAUAUAUUAUUCAGGACACCCGGGCCAUCGCUGUCAUUGCGGACUCUUGCUAUCUGCCUCGCAUCAAAGGAAUGGUAGCAUCAGAAACACUUCUUUAUCCCUCUGACUUGACAGCCACACCAGAUCCAAAGUACGGUGCAGCAAACCCUUCACCGUUGAGUCGGAGCACAGACCUAGCCUAUAUCAUCUAUACAUCUGGUACGACAGGCCGGCCCAAGGGCGUCGCAUUGGAGCAUCAUGGAGUGGUAAAUCUGCAGGUGUCGCUGUCUAAGAUAUUCGGCUUGCGGAGUACAGACGAUGAGGUGAUACUCUCUUUUUCAAACUACGUAUUCGACCAUUUUGUGGAGCAGAUGACUGACGCACUUCUCAACGGCCAAACUCUACUGGUGCUCAAUGAUGAAAUGCGUGGAGACAAAGACCGACUCUAUCAAUACAUUGAGAAGAACCGAGUGACCUACCUAUCUGGUACCCCAUCUGUGGUAUCAAUGUACGAGUUCGGCCGGUUUAAGAACCACCUCCGCCGUGUAGACUGCGUUGGAGAGGCGUUCAGCGAACCGGUCUUCGACAAGAUCCGCGAAACUUUCCAUGGCCUCGUCAUCAACGGCUACGGUCCGACGGAGGUCUCCAUCACCACCCAUAAACGCCUCUAUCCGUUCCCAGAGCGGCGCACUGACAAGAGUAUCGGUCAACAGGUCCAUAAUAGCACAAGUUAUGUGCUGAACGAGGACAUGAAGCGCGUUCCUAUCGGGGCUGUCGGCGAGCUCUACCUAGGAGGUCAAGGUGUGGCACGAGGUUAUCACAAUCGCCCAGAUGUGACCGCGGAGCGAUUCAUACCCAAUCCAUUCCAGACAGAGGAGGAAAGGAUAUCAGGCCGCAACUCCCGCCUCUACAAGACAGGCGAUUUGGUACGCUGGAUCCCAGGGAGCAACGGGGAGAUUGAGUACCUGGGCCGCAAUGACUUCCAAGUUAAGAUUCGCGGAUUGCGCAUUGAACUGGGUGAAAUCGAGGCGAUCCUAUCGUCAUAUCCUGAGAUCAAACAGUCCGUGGUGAUUGCAAAGGACCGCAAGGAAGGAGGACAAAAAUUCCUCGUUGGCUACUACGUUGCUGAUGCAACACUGUCAUCUGCCGCUAUUCGGCGGUUCAUGCAGUCUCGAUUGCCUGGCUACAUGGUACCAUCUCGCCUCAUACCAAUCAGCAAACUCCCCGUCUCUCCCAGUGGAAAGUUGGACACCAAGGCCUUGCCCCCCGCCGAAGAAGAGAGCGAGAUCGACGUGGUGGCGCCGCGCAAUGAAGUCGAACGCACCCUGUGUGACAUCUGGGCAGAGCUCCUUGAGGUCCGCCCAGAGGAGAUUGGAAUUUACAGCGAUUUCUUCAGUCUGGGAGGCGACAGUCUGAAGAGCACGAAACUCUCUUUUAUGGUUCAUGAGGCCUUUAACCGCGCAAUCUCAGUCAGCAAUCUUUUCCGUCACCGAACAAUUGAGAACCUGGCACACCUGAUCGUAAACAACGCCGCGGAUGUGAAUGAAAUCACCCCUCUAGAAUACAAUGAGAGGCAGAUGAUUCCCGUUUCCAGCGCCCAAGAGCGGCUUCUCUUCAUUCACGAGUUUGAGAAUGGCAGCAAUGCGUACAACAUCGACACCGCUUAUAAGUUUCCUGGCUCGGUUGAUGCCUCAUAUCUUGAGCAGGCGCUGCGUGGAAUCCUUGCUCGUCACGAGGCGUUGAGAACAUUGCUGGUCAAGGACGACAAAACCGGCACCUAUCUCCAGAGGAUAUUGAGCCCCGAUAGCGCCCAGCGCAUGUUUUCCAUCAAGGUGGGCAUAAUCAAAGCCAUGGAGCAAUUGGAGCAAGAAAUGGCCACUCUAUCCCAGCACGUUUUCCGCCUGGGUGAUGAACUGCCUUGGCAGGCCCGUAUUCUUAGGCACGAAUCAGGCAACUUAUAUCUCAUUGUGACGUUCCACCAUACCAGCUUCGAUGCAUGGUCGUUAAGUGUCUUUGAGCGAGAACUUCAAGCCUUGUACGCGCUCCUCCACAAAACAAACAGUGCAGCAACCUUGCCCACUCUAAAGGUCCAGUACAAGGAUUAUGCCCAGUACCAUCGCCGGCAGCUUUCAGGCAAUCACAGUAGCUUAUCCGACUUCUGGUUGCAAAAGCUCAGUGGGUUGGAGUCGUUACAGUUAAUCCCGGACCGUCCACGACCGGGGCGUUUUAACUAUGAUGGCGACGAUCUCAGUUUUGAACUGAGUCAAAAUGAAACACAAAGCCUGAGAGAGGUUGCCAAAAACUGCAAGUCCAGUCUGUAUGUCGUCCUGCUAUCCGCCUAUUACGUGAUGCUUGCAUCGUACGCGAGCCAGACAGAUAUCGCAGUGGGUAUCCCAAUUAGCCACCGAACACAUCCGCAAUUCCAGUCCAUCAUUGGAUUCUUCGUCAACCUCGUCGUGCUUAGGGUGGAUGUGUCUCAGUCCGGCAUUCGCGAUCUCAUCGGAAGGGUCAUGAAGGAGCUUGUGCAAGCACAGCUACACCAAGACAUGCCGUUCCAGGAGGUCACGAAGCUGUUGCAGGUGGCUAAUGAUUCUAGCCGGCAUCCGUUGGUACAAACCGUUUUCAACUUCGAAGCCCGUCCAGAUCAAGAGCAUGAUGCUGGAUCACAAGGUGAGGGCGUAUUGCAAUUUACUCAGCACCACCCGGUUCAGCCCCUCGCUUCAGUUGCGAAGUUCGAUUUGAAUGCAACGAUCACCGAACUGGAUUCGGGAUUGAGGGUCACCUUCAACUACGCCACCAGCCUGUUCAACAAGACCACGAUUGAGGGCCUCUUGCAUACCUACGAAUACCUCAUUCACCAGUUAUCGAAGCUAAGUGCAGAAGGAAUCAAGGAUGAUACGCAGUUGUUGUUGGCUCGUCCGCAAGAGAAUGGCGAUGCACACCUACCAUUGGCGCAGUCCCCGCUUGUAAUGCCUGCUGAGAAUCAGAAAGCAGCGUCGCUAAGCCAGGCCUUCCAGCACGAAGUUUCACUGGCCUCGGAGAAGAUUGCUGUCAUUCAAGGAGAUAGAGCACUCAGCUAUGCCGAUCUGAACAAACGGGCUAACCAGUUAUCACGAUAUAUACAAUCCGUCUCCUCCAUUGGAGUUGAAGGCCGAGUAGCCCUGAUGCUGGACAAGAGCAUCGAGACAAUUGUUUGCAUUCUGGCGAUAUGGAAGGCUGGUGCAGCAUAUGUGCCGUUGGAUCCAACCUACCCGAAGGAGCGCGUCCAGUUAAUACUGGAGGAGACCCAGGCGAAGACUAUUCUUGUGAACUCCCAUCAUGCCGUUAAAUGUGAAUACAUGGGCGCAAAGGUGAUAUCAAUCGACUCGGUCCCCGUCACGACCGAGGUCAGUCAACAGUUGCCCGUUGACCUGCCUGCCAUUGCCGGGCUAGACAAUCUGGCGUAUAUAAUCUUUACUUCCGGCACUUCCGGCAAGCCCAAGGGCGUUCUAGUGGAGCAAAAAGGUGUUCUAUUGUUGCGUGAUGCCCUCAGGGAACGGUAUUUCGGCAAUGGCUGCGCCAAGCAUCAUUCAGUACUUUUCCUUUCUAAUUAUGUCUUCGAUUUCUCUGUCGAACAAAUCCUAUUAUCGGUGCUAAGCGGACACAAGUUGAUCAUCCCCCCAGCAGAGUUCGUCGUCGAUGAAGGGUUCUAUAAGAUGGCCAACACUCACGGUCUCUCGUAUCUAAGUGGAACUCCAUCCUUGCUGCAACAGAUCGAUAUGGCACAACUACACCACCUGCAGGUCGUCACUGCAGCAGGUGAGAUGUUUCAUGCCACGCAAUACGAGAAGAUGCGCCGCAGAUUUGGCGGUACGAUCUACAAUGCUUAUGGUAUCACCGAGACCACGGUUUACAACAUUAUCACGGAAUUCACUGCAAAUUCGAGUUUUGAGAAUGCUAUACGCGACGUGCUUCCCGGCACCCGAGCGUAUUUGCUCAAUAAGGCGCUUCAGCCCGUCCCGGUCGAUGCAGUCGGAGAGCUCUACCUGGCUGGCGAUUGCGUGACACGUGGUUAUCUCAACGAACCUCUUCUAACAGAUCAGCGGUUCCUUCCCAACCCUUUCCGGAGCGAGGAGGAUGUCGCCGCUAGUCGUUUCUCACGACUCUACAAGACCGGUGACUUGUUUCGAUGCCGGGUUAGCCAUCAACAGCAGCCACAACUCGAAUACCUAGGAAGAGGCGAUCUGCAGGUCAAGAUGAGAGGGUACCGUAUCGAGCUCUCUGAAGUGCAGAACGUUCUUGCCUCUAGUCCUGGUGUUCGGGAGUGUGUCAUCGUCGCCAAAUAUGACCAGGAGGAUACCUAUUCACGGAUCGCGCAGUCCCUAGUCGGCUACUAUACCGCUGACAAUGAAACAGUGCUGGAAACUAACAUCCUCGCAUGCAUGAAAGCGAGGCUUCCAGCAUACAUGGUGCCCAGCCAUCUCUGUCGUCUGGAAGGUGCACUUCCUGUGACUAUUAACGGAAAGCUUGACAUCAAGGGACUGCCUGAAAUUGACAACGCCUCGGGGCUGUUAUCAUACAGUCCGCCAAGGAACAUACUAGAGUCUAAAGUAUGUAAGUUGUGGGCAUCAGUGCUGGGUGUAGAACGAUGCGGAAUCGACGAUGACCUGUUCAAACUAGGUGGUGACAGCAUUAUGUCAUUGCACCUUGUGGCCCAAAUUCACAAUCAGGUCGGUCGGAAGGUCACUGUUCGAGACAUCUUUGAGUACCGUACCAUUCGAGCACUCCAUGACCACGUCUUCAUGAGGGACACAGAUCCGGACUCUGUCACCCAGUUCCGUAGUGAGCAGGGGCUGGUAGUUGGCGAGGCGCCCUUACUGCCGAUUCAGAACUGGUUCCUGUCCAAGCCACUGCAGCAUUUGAGUUAUUGGAAUCAUACCUUCUAUCUCCGAACUCCAGAGCUGGAUAUUCCUUGCCUGAGAACUGCCAUCAACGAAUUACAGCAGUAUCACGAUGCUUUCCGUAUGCGACUGAAUCGCAAGGACAAUAGAUUUGUACAGUCUUUUGCCGAGGGCGCUUCUCCUGUCCAGCUACGGGUACUAAACACAAAGGAUGUUGAUGGACCUACAGCAGUUAACCAGGUACUGCGCGAGUGGCAGUCAGGCUUUGACCUCGAGGAUGGCCCGAUCUGCGCCAUUGGCUACCUGUAUGGGUACGAAGACCGAUCUGCGCGAGUAUGGUUCUCCAUCCAUCACUUCGCCGUCGACACUGUUAGCUGGCAGAUCCUGGCUCGUGACUUACAGAUGCUCUACCAGAACGGAAGCCUAGGGUGCAAGGGCAGCAGUAUCCGGCAGUGGUCUGAAGCAAUACAAAGUUACCAGGCAUCAGCGUCUGAAAUAGAGUACUGGAACGAACUCAUUGCACAAACGGCUUCCAGCACCUCUGCGCUUCCGGCAUCGACCGGGUCACGUAUGCAUCUGACAAGGAGUUUGAGCACUGAGAAGACAGCUUUGCUGCUCCAAAGCGGCAGCAAUCGGCAAGAUAUCUCCGUGUACGACUCUCUACUAACUGCUGUUGGAUUGGCACUCCAAAAUAUCUCUUCAACGGGCCCAAAUAUGGUCACCAUCGAGGGGCAUGGUCGCGAGGAAGAUGUUGACCAGACACUGGAUGUCAGCCGCACCAUGGGUUGGUUCACCAGUAUGUAUCCAUUUGAGAUCCCCCGUCUCAAUACCGAGACCCUGGUUCAUGGAGUAGCCGCUGUAAAUGAACGGCUCAGGCAGGUCCCUGCUAGAGGCGUCGGGUAUGGAGCAUUGUACGGCUAUAGUCGACACCCUUUGCCUCAGAUUACUGUCAACUAUCUGGGAAAUCUGUCUCGCAAGCAAUCAAACCCCCACGAAUGGGUAAUCGCCGUGGGCGACAAUAAUCUCGAGUAUGGACUCACGACAAGCCCAGAAGACAAGGAUAAGAGUUCCUCCGCCGUCGAUAUCACAGCUGUGUGUAUCGAUGGCACUAUCAUAGUUGACAUGGACAGUGCUUGGGGCCUUGAGGAGAGUGAAAAAUUCAUCUCAAACAUCGAAGAAGGAUUGAACAAGAUCAUCGGGGCCGUAACAAAACAACAAUCCUCUUCACCCCCAGCGAAUCCUCAAUUAACUGAGGAGACGUACACGCCAUAUUUCGAGUAUCUGGAGCCGUUACGACAGGGUCCAACGCUGUUCCUGCUGCCCCCGGGAGAAGGAGGUGCCGAAAGCUACUUCAACAACAUCGUCAAACACCUACCCGCGACAAAUAUGGUUGCCUUUAACAAUUACUACUUGCACAGCAAACGCUUGGGCACGUUCGAGGAGCUGGCGAGUAUGUAUCUUGAGCAUGUACGCAGCAUUCAACCACACGGGCCGUACCACUUCAUUGGGUGGAGUUUUGGAGGAAUUCUCGCAAUGGAGAUGUCCCGGAGGCUGGCGGGAUUGGGCGAAAAGAUUGGCCUCCUUGGAAUUAUCGACACCUACUUCAAUGUACACGGAGCGACACACAGCAUUGGCUUGGGAGACGCCAAGAUCCUCGACCCUAUCCACCACAUCUACCGCCCCGAUCCAGCAAAUUUCGAAGGUCUCCCAUCUGCGACGGACCACAUAGUGCUGUUCAAGGCCAUGGAAACGAACGAUCAGUAUGAAUCGGAGAGUCAGCGUCGCCUGUAUGAGUACUACGACGGAACACCCCUCAACGACCUGGAUACGUUGCUGCCAAGCGAUACCGCCGUUCAACUAGUCCCGCUUACCGGCGAUACUCACUUUUCUUGGGCCAGAAACCCACCGCAGGUAGACCGGAUGUGCGCGGCCAUCAAGGAAUAUCUCUCUGGUUAUUAG